AUGAAGUUCUUCUCCACCGUCGCUAUUCUCGCCACCGCGCUUCUCCCCGUCUCCAACGCCUGGGUUCUCCAGGUCAACGGCAACGGCGAGAGGAACGGUUCUCCUCUCACCGAGACAUUCUCCAGUCGCUCUGCCGAGAACAACUGCCAUGACAUCUCGACCACCAUUCAGAAGAAGGGCGUGCACGAUUUCAAGUUCUGUACCAUCCAGAUGUACGGCUGUGAGAUCAAGUUUUUCGACGGCGUCGCUUGCAAGGGCGAGGGCCUUGGCCACAGCGGUGGUCGUGGAUACAGCUGGACCAAGUAUCCCGUUAGCAAGAAGGGAAGCACCAUGAAGAGCUUCCGUAUUACUGGAUGUCGUGCGGAUCUUCCGGUUUUGGAGAAGUUCAAGUUUGAUACUUUCAGAAUUGCCGAUUGCUAA